UUCCGCAAUGUGCUCAACCGGUAGAGCAUCUGUAAUUUCGGUACUGUACUUCUUACGCUUUCCGUUCUGCUUUUAUGCCUGUCUUGCUGUGGUCAGAGAACGAUUAUUUAGACUGGAAUCUGUUAUUGCGAUCUUAAAAGCACAACCGUACUUUUCUGAUGGAGGGCAUGAUAUAAUGUACAUUGUACAACUUUGUUAUACUACUUUAUUAUACUUACACGUGUCUGCUACUAGUGGUUAAAGAAGCCUACAUGCUCUUUUAGGAGAAGGAAAGAAAUCAAAGAGUCCUUAUCUUUUAUUGGCCGUUGAAACAUUGGUGUAGACCGUAGAUUACAAUAUUAUUACAGGACGCAAUAAUUAUUAUUCUGGUCCAACCAUGUGUUUUAUCGUUAGCAAUCUAAUUUUGGCUGUCCUGGCAGCAGCACUAUAUUUCCCCGUCAAUGUGAACACCAAAAGAGUUGGCACCGACGGCGUCGUGUGCCCCUACGGAGCCCAGCCAUGCGGCCACAAGGAUUGCUACCGGCCACAGGACGGUGAAGCCUGCGAGAAGGGCCGCAUUUUACCGCCGCCGAAAUGUGGGUUCAGUGAAGAGCGCUGCGGCAGCAAAUGUUACCAUCGCAUCCGUGAAACCUGUACCAACGGCACCGUAUGUGGAAUGGGAGAGGCGGCUUGCGGGAGUCGGUGCUAUCAUAAAAUCCGCGAGAGCUGUACAAAUGGGACAGUAUGCGGGAUGGGGGAAGCAGCGUGCGGGGCACAUUGUUAUCAUAAAAUCCGGGAGAGUUGCACGAAUGGAACGGUGUGUGGAAUGAGCGAGGCAGCUUGCGGAACGCAAUGCUACCAUAAAAUCCGCGAAAAUUGCACCAAUGGGACGGUGUGUGGGACGAGCGAAGCGGCAUGUGGUGCACGUUGUUAUCUCAAGAUUCGGGAGAAGUGCUACCCCCACGGGAUUGUGUGCGAGAACGGCGAACAACCAUGCGGGAAAUCCGGAAAGUGUUAUCGUCCGCAAUUUGGCGAGAAAUGCAAGAAUUAAGGAAGAGGCAGGAUUUAGUAAUUACGAGUACCUUAUUACGUCGUCACGUAACUUAGUCGCCGGUAACUUUGAUUAUUCGUUACAUUCAUGUUACCGACUCUUCUCGCCCAUUGAAUUUGUAUAUCAUGAUUAAGGUCUGUCUGUUCAGCGCUGUUGUCGUUUCUUCAUAAUCAGCGUAAUCUGCUAUUCGGUAAAAAACUUAUUCCAGUGUAUCAACACGUAAGAUGUGGGUACAACAUUAUUUUCUCCAAUACGAGUAUUGCAUUUAUUAAUUCAGAUCCGACCUUUCUACAACUGUCAACACAAAAGUUUCUUUUUUACUGUACUUUGCUCGUUUUUGAUUUAAGAAACUCGUAGUCUCGUAUCUUGAGCUAGAAAUGUGUAUGCUUGUGCACGUUUUCGAAUUUGUUAUGCAGAGGUUCAU